AUGGCUACAAUCAAAGAUGUCGAGCGAACGCCCAGCACCCAGAGACUUGACCCUGCAGGGCGGCCCCUGUCGCCGACCCCAACGUCGGAUAAGCUGGACCCGCUGAACUGGAACACGCGACGAAAGUACACUUGCAUUGGCAUUGUCAUUUACAGCUAUUUCCUCCUGACAUAUUUCACAACCUCCACAAUCCCGUCUUUCGCCUUCUUGAUGGUCCAGCUGGAUGUGGACUACAACCAUGUCAACUGGACCUUCGCUCUACCAUGUUUCGGGCUGGCUGUCGGACCACUACUGGUGGGAGCACUCGCAGAUACGUAUGGACGGAGACCAGUCCUGAUCUUGUCCACGUGCAUUGCUGUGAUCGCCAGUGGAUGUACAGCAAUUGAAGGAAUCAACUUUGCCGGCUACAUGGCUGCCAGGUUCUUUCAAGGUCUUGGAGCUGGUCCAGCCGCCAAUGUCGGCCUAUGCAUCAUCAAUGACUUGAGUUGGGAGCAUGAAAGAGGCACACGAGUCGGACUGUGGACUAUUGCCGCCAACUGUGGCACGAUCAUGGGCGGUGUCAUCGGUGGACUUCUCGCGGAGUCAGGCCAAUGGGUCGCCUAUCACGUCACGAUCCUCUAUGCAGUCCUUCUAUUAUCGCAGUGUCUGCUUCUGCCAGAGACUCUGUAUCCUCGAGCUGUCAUGGUGGCGGCCGAGGUGCAGCACAACUCAUUGACAAACUUGAAGAGAACGAAGCAGUUGGGAUACUUCAACCUCCUGAAAGUACCAGGUGUGGCCCAUCCGAAGCCUUGGACGACCAUAACACAGUUCAUCCGCCUGUUUGCAUACCCAACUGUGGUCAUAAGUGUCUUCAGCUAUUGUUUCCUACACUACUGGUGGAUCUGCGGCAUCACAACAAUCGUUCCUGCUGCAUAUGAGCAAGACACUCCACGUGUGCAGGGCGCCCUCCUCAUAGGUUUACUUGUGGGCCUCUUGGCAGCAGAAUUGUUCUGCUCCGGACAUCUGAGUGACAAGAUCAUGGUAUGGAUGACACGUAAGAGUGGAGGGGAGAGACUGCCGGAGAACCGACUAUGGCUGGGGAUGCCUGCUGCGGUCGUUUCUUCUGUUGGCCUCCUUGUUUGGGGCUUCUCUAUCGAUAAACACUGGCAUUGGAUGACUGGACAGGUCGCGUUCUUCCUUUACUCGCUCGGGUUGCAGAUGGGCAACACUACCUUGUCUGCCUAUAUCGUGGACAACUACCCUAGCCAUGCGAACGAGGUCAUAACCUUCUACACCGUUUGGAUCAACAUGUCCGCGUUCAUCAUUCCAUGGUUCAUCUUUCCAUGGGUCGAAGACUCAGGCUACACCCUCUCGUUCGCUGCACAAGCCAUCAUCUGCACCUUCGGACUCAUCCCGGCGUAUCUGUUACUCCUGAAGUAUGGACCACGGAUGCGCGCCAAGAGACCGAUGUAUAUGAAGCGUGUGGACGGCGUCGAGGACCUUGGCGUUGGUGUUGUGAGGGAGGAAGAUGUGACGCGUGAGGCUGUGACUGGAAUGGCGAAGUGA